UGAGCCGCAGCCAGAGCCGGAGGCGGGAGCAGCGAGCAGGAGCCCCGGGCCCCCCAAUGCAGGAUGCUCGCGGUCUCCGGUGUCUCCGAGCCACCACGUGUGAGGGCCUCUGCUCCGAGCCCGGGCCUGGCCCCCGAGGAGGAUGUCUCAGCUGCCGGCCAGCUCCCGUCUGCACCAUGAGUGAUGAGCGGCGGCUGCCCGGCAGUGCGGUGGGCUGGUUGGCGUGUGGAGGCCUCUCCCUGCUGGCCAACGCCUGGGGCAUCCUGAGUGUGGGAGCCAAGCAGAAGAGGUGGAAGCCGCUAGAGUUCCUGCUGUGCACGCUGGCGGCCACCCACAUGCUCAACGUGGCAGUGCCCAUCGCCACGUACGCCGUGGUGCAGCUGCGGCAGCAGCGCCCCGACUACGAGUGGAACGAGGGCCUCUGCAAGGUCUUUGUCUCCACCUUCUACACCCUCACCCUGGCCACCUGCUUCUCCGUCACGUCCCUCUCCUACCACCGCAUGUGGAUGGUCCGCUGGCCCGUCAACUACCGGCUAAGCAACGCCAAGAAGCAGGCGGUGCAUACGGUCAUGGGCAUCUGGAUGGUGUCCUUCAUCCUGUCCGCCCUGCCUGCCGUCGGCUGGCACGACACGAGUGAGCGCUUCUACACCCACGGCUGCCGCUUCAUCGUGGCUGAGAUCGGCCUCGGCUUCGGCGUCUGCUUCCUGCUGCUGGUGGGCGGCAGUGUGGCCAUGGGUGUGGUCUGCACUGGCAUCGCCCUCUUCCAGACCCUGGCUGUGCAGGUGGGGCCGCGGGCCGGCCACCGCGCCUUCACCGUGCCCACCAUUGUGGUGGAGGAUGCGCAGGGCAAGCGCCGCUCCUCCAUCGAUGGCUCUGAGCCUGCCAAAACCUCGCUGCAGAUCACCGGCCUGGUGGCCACCAUCGUCAUCAUCUAUGACUGCCUCAUGGGCUUCCCCGUGCUGGUGGUGAGCUUCAGCAGCCUUCGGGCGGACGCCUCCGCACCCUGGAUGGCACUGUGUGUGCUGUGGUGCUCGGUGGCCCAGGCCCUCCUGCUGCCCAUAUUCCUCUGGGCCUGCGACCGCUACCGCGCUGACCUCAAAGCCGUCUGGGAGAAGUGCGUGGCCCUCAUGGCUAACGAUGAGGACUCAGACAAUGAUACCAGCCUGGAGGGUGGCAUCCCCCCGGACCUGGUGCUGGAGCCCUCCCUCGACUACAGCUAUGGAGGUGACUUUGUGGCCCUGGACAGGAUGGCAAAGUAUGAGCUCUCGGCCCUGGAGGGGGGCCUGCCCCAGUUCUACCCGCUGCGGCCCUUGCAGGAGGACAAGAUGCAGUACCUGCAGAUAGCCAUCCGAGCUUGUUUCCUUGGCUUUGUGUUCGGCUGCGGCAUGUUGCUAAGUUUUAGCCAGUCUUCUUGGAAUCACUUUGGCUGGUAUAUGUGCUCCUUGUCACUAUUCCAUUAUUCUGAAUACUUAGUCACAGCAGUCAAUAAUCCCAAAAGUCUGUCCUUGGAUUCCUUUCUCCUGAAUCACAGUCUGGAGUAUACAGUAGCUGCUCUUUCUUCUUGGAUAGAGUUCACACUAGAAAAUAUCUUUUGGCCAGAACUGAAGCAGAUCACCUGGCUCAGUGCCAUGGGGCUGCUGAUGGUGGUCUUUGGAGAAUGUCUGAGGAAAGCGGCGAUGUUCACAGCUGGCUCCAAUUUCAACCACGUGGUGCAGAAUGAAAAAUCAGAAACCCACACUCUGGUCACAAGCGGAGUGUACGCUUGGUUCCGGCAUCCUUCCUAUGUUGGGUGGUUUUACUGGAGUAUUGGAACCCAGGUGAUGCUGUGUAAUCCCGUCUGUGGCGUUGGCUAUGCUCUGACAGUGUGGCGAUUCUUCCGAGAUCGAACAGAAGAAGAGGAGAUCUCGUUAAUUCACUUUUUUGGAGAGGAGUACCUGGAGUAUAAGAAGCGGGUGCCCACAGGCCUGCCUUUUAUAAAAGGGGUCAAGGUGGAGCUAUAACACAGCAGGAGCGGGCCACCCUGGGCCCAGGGGCCUCCCACUGGGCGUGGCCUGGGCCACACCUGCCUCCGGUCAGCCACUCUGCGGAAUGGAUUUUCUGAACCAUUUUGUAUGUCACCAAUUACUCUUCUGGAGUAUCACUCAAGACCAAAUGGUGAGAAGGCCUCAGGACCAAAGGCCCCCUCACCCUAGAGCAAUCUGUUCUUGGGCUGAAUCAAGGUAGGACACAGAUCAAAGAUGGACAAGGAGCAAAUAACAGCAAUAUUCUACAGUGACUCCGCCCCCCCCAGAAGGGCCUGGGUGAGAGCCCCGGCCGCGCACCAUCCCCCACGAGGCAUUUAGUGUAACCAAGACCCCUCAGGAGCAGUGGACUCGCUCAUUACUGAGUAAGGCUUCUUUGGCAGGAAGGGGUAUGUGGACAACAGUGCUUAGUGUUAGAAAUACAUUCAAAAUCUUUAACCAGAAAACACAAACAGCACAGCUUCGACCUCCUUAUUUCUGUGCUUAAGUGCAUGAGCAUCUAUACAGUUUUAAAGAUAAUUCUUUAUAAGGCACUUUGGCUCUUAAUAUAUUUAAUCGUAUUUACAUAUCUAUUUUUUAUAAAUAGCAGUAUAAAUUCUAAGGGGACUUGGUGUUUAUAGCCCCAACUUUUAUUUGGCAGACAGGCAGCAUGGACACCUCCAGACGAUUUGGCUGAGUGGCUUUGUGUUAACAAGGGCACCCCAAGCCAGGGAGACUGUGGGCCUCUGUGGCUUUCCCUGGGGUCCUGGCCUGCUCUUCUCCCGAGAGGGGGCUGUUAUCAGUGACAGGCAUGUCGAAGAUGUGUCAUUUUAACUUUAUCCAAGAAAUGCUUACUGAACACCCGCUCUGUGUAAGGAAUUGUUAACCAUUGGGAAGUAUUGCUCUCCAUUUAUUUGGGAUUUUAGUCUUACUGCAUCAUAGCUCAUAUUUUUGUGUUUCAGUUGAAAUCUAUUAACUAUUGAUUUCUAUGUUCUGUUCUCAAAAUUCCACCGACUCUAAUGCCAUUUCAGACUGUCUUUUCCAAAGGGAUUCAAGCAUAUAUAACUAUACAAUUCAAGCAAGUCAGCUCAUGAGAGUCUUAAAUAGAGCAAAUGAUCCCAACUGAGAUUUAGUCAGUAUUUUUGUUUUUCAAGUUUGGGGAGAGUGGUUGGCUUUAAAUACAUCAGCUUUAAGACCCUUGUUUAAUUCUGGAUAAGAGAGGGCCUUGGUCUCAGCGUGAAAUCCUUCCUGCAGUUGGCGGUGGCGCUCCCGAAGCCCUCUCGCGAAGGCGGUGGCCGCCCCUGGCUGCAGGGCUGCCCAGCUGCCACGCCACGCCUGGAGGCUUCGAGGAGCCACUUAACCUUUCUGUGCCUAGACUCCCCAUCUGUAGAAUGGGGUCAAUACCACCUACCUCAUAGGGGUGUUGUGAAAACUUAGAAGAACAACGUCAAACGUUUCAAAUGCUUAGAUAAGAGAGAUGGCAUAAAUGGAAUCUGCACCGUGAGAGAUUGCACAGAUGCAGACCCUGGUCUGCUGUACCAGACUCUGGAAUUGUGUGUUCAGAAGAGCAUGUUACCAACUCAGAAAUAGUACCGACUUCUAGAUUUCAUGGCCUAAUUAAUUUUUUCGUUAUUAUAUAUACCAAAGAGGUUUACGGGUUUGUUGAUUCCUGGGAUGACACUCUUCUGGUGUGAGUGGACCCUACCGUCGGCCCUCGAGAGGGCCUUGCAGCCAGGCUGGCCAAGGCUGCUGCUGGAGCUCUCAGCAGCUGGUCCCGCUGGCAUGAACACUCCCCAGUGGGACACUGACAUGCACUUACUCUGGGAACUUGAGUUGAAUCAGUCCUGACUUGUUCUCCAGACCACGCUUAGCAAAGUAAACUCCACUCAUCGGGAUUGCAGACUGGAGGAAGGCGUGGCUGGGGUUUCAGUAGCCAUCCCCAGCUCCUUGAGUGACAGUUCUGUGCUGCAUCUAGCAGGAUUGGACCCAGCUUUCAUUCCCAUGGUGGGGGGGGGGGGGGGGGCUGUGAAGUUGUCUUUAAUAGAUGGAGAACAGCUAACGAUGGCCCUUGGCUCUGUGGACAGAAAGUCUGAAGGUGUUGGCAUUUGGUGAUCUCAACUUCAUCCACCUGCUGGAGUUCACAAAGCCCACCUUCCUGUCAGGCCCUUGAGCUCAGGAGGUAGGCCUGGUGUUUUGCAAUGAGAUGCUACCGUUAUACCACCUGGGCUUUAAAAAGCAAAAUCCCUUGGGCGGGAGUAGGGAGACACCCCGAGCCUGACUUGUACACCCAGGGCAGAAGUCAGCAGUUACUUAGGGAGAAAAGAUGAACUACUUAGGGGAAGAUUUGGCAAGUGAUUGACUUUCAUCUAGUACUGACAUUUUCAGAUUAUUUUUAACUUUAUAAAUUUAGCAGUGACAGUGUACACGACAGAGAAUCAGGUUAAUGAAGUACAGGCUUUCUGGGUAUUCCCAAAAGCUUUCUGGGUAAAGGCCACAUCACCAGUUCCCUUAAAUUAAGAAACUGUCAAAAGAGAUGACUUACUUUUUCCAUUGCAGGUUUUAAAGUGGAGAGUCUUAAAUGGAGAAAAGGCAAUGCACAGAACAAAGCUACUUUGAAGCAGCGUAAAAUGAAACAUUCUAUGAGGAUUUGCAGGCUAUGGCUAAGAAUAGCAGUUUACAGAAAAGAGGUAGUAAGUAGCAGGAGCCUGGCUGAAAGCGAAAGACAGCAUACCCCACUGUCCCUUCAUCAUUUGUAGGAACUGCUUCUUGAGCCUAAAGACUAAACUUUAUUAAUCCCUUCCAUUUAUUUAACACUGAGUGAUUGACAUGAUAGGGGAAUAUUCCUAAACCAAUACGUGUGUUAAUAGCUUAGGCUCCGGAGGGUCGGCCGUAGCUCAAGCUCAUUCUGGUAGCAGUCACUCUGUCAUAGGUACAGUAAACCACUGUCCCUCCUCUGCACUUUCUUACUGCCUUAGAUAGUUGUGAUCUCCCACCACAUCUUGCUUCUGUAGUGACUUGAUGAGGUUGGUAGGAGAGGCUUGCUGUCUGCGCCCUGCUGUGAGACUUGAUGCCUUGCCCUGGGCUUGGAGGGCCAGCUGUCACGGGUGGUCCCAAGCGCUUGCUCUAGAGGAAGCCGUCCCGUAGCUAGGAGAGUAAUUUAAUGGAGUAAUUAUUCUACUCGUCUUUUUACAUGCAGAAAUGUUUAUUUAAAUAUUUUAAAUUGGAUUUUCUUUCACAGAUACUGAAUAUUCUUUCCAAUUCUUAAAUAAAACUGUACUUGAUUUCA